GAGUAACCUUCAGCAAUGCCCUCGGCAAGGCCUGUCUCCUUUCAACGACAUUAUCGAAUCGAAGGUCAUCAACGAUCACGAGACCCGAAGGUAAAGAGGGUUUGGAUUCGCGACGUUCUCCUGAGAACCGUGAGGGAAGUGAUCGACGGCAUGGACGGUCAGAGCCUUGAUGGACGGAACAUUACGGUGAACAAAGCUCAGUCUCGUGGAAGAGGCGGCAGCGGGUACGGCAGUGGCAGUGGCGGGCAUAGCCGUGGUGGAGGCGGAUAAAGAAACGGCGAUGGAUGCCGCGAGGAUGGAUACCACAGCAACGGAGGUGGAGGAUAUGGCGGCGGCGAGUCAGAUGGAAACUGGAGGAAUAUAGAAUGAUGGAGUUUAGGGUUUUUUCUUUUUCCUGCCAUAGGGUUUAAGGCAUAGUCUUUGGCGGGGAAGGAACACAGAACGAUGGAGUUCAGCUCCCCCAAACCCCCCCCCCCCCCCGGGGCCUGUGUUUAGGCUUAGGGUAAAGCCUUAGGCGGUGGUUAUAGUCUUUUUUUUUUUUUUCCUAAUUAUUAUUACCGCUGAUAGGAAUCGAUGGGCCACAGUUUUCGGGCUUAGGGUUUAGUCUUUGGCGGUGGUUGUAGCUUUUUUGUUUGUUUUUGUAACCGUUGAUGGGAAUGAUGGGCCACACUCGCGCUGUGCUGUAAUGGCUCAUUAAUGGCUCAUUAAAAUAUAGCCGUUUGUAUCAAAAAAAAAAUGUAGCCGUUUGGGAUUCUCCAAUAAAUAAGGCUACAAUGAAUAAAAUUGAUCUGUUAAGAUA